AUGAGUGUGGGGCUUGCGCUGAUCCUGGUGGGCCACGUGAACCUGCUGCUCGGGGCCGUGCUGCACGGCACCGUCCUGCGGCACGUGGCCAAUCCCCGCGGCGCCGUCACACCAGAAUACACCACAGCCAAUGUCAUCUCCGUGGGCUCGGGGCUGCUGAGUGUUUCCGUGGGACUUGUGGCCCUCCUGGCAUCCAGGAAUCUUCUUUGCCCGCCACUGCACUGGGCCCUGCUGGCCCUAGCUCUGGUGAAUCUGCUCUUGUCUGCUGCGUGCUCCCUGGGCCUCCUCCUUGCUGUGUCACUCACUGUGGCCAAUGGUGGCCGCCGUCUUAUCGCUGACUGCCAUCCAGGACUGCUGGAUCCUUUGGUACCACUGGACCAGGGGUCUGGACAUGCUGACUGCCCCUUUGACCCCACGAGAAUCUACGAUACAGCCUUGGCUCUUUGGAUCCCUUCUUUGGUCAUGUCUGCAGUGGAGGUGGGGCUGUCUGGUUACUGCUGUUUGGCUGCACUCAUCCUUCGAGGGGUUGGGCCCUGCAGGAAGGAAGGGCUGCAGCAGCAGCUGGAGGAACUGACAGAGCUUGAACCACCUAAAUGCAAAAGGCAGGAAAAUGAGCAGCUACUGAUUCAAAAUCAAGAAAUCCAGGCAUCCCAGAAAAGUUGGGUUUAG